UAAAGAUGAUAUAUCACCAUUUCAAAGCACAAUUUCAUUGCCCUGGGCUAUUACAGAAAAAUCCACAAGAAUUUUAACAAUAACAUAAGGAAAACCUUAAUGAAAUUAUUCGAAAUCAAAAUGACUUAUUAACCCAAAUUCGUUAUCCAUAAUUCGUCGAUAACACAACAACUGGUUGGUGGUUAUCCAUUUUCUUUACGGUUACAUGGAACAUGGAACAGAACCUUGGACGGCUUGGAGAUCCAUUCAGUCCAGUCACACGCUUUCUAGUUUAAGAAGCUACCGCUGAAAGCGCUUUGUAUACAAAUGAGUCAAACGACCAUUGACCACCUAGCAACGCAAGUCUCAACGUAAGUUCAUCGUACACACUAGCUAGCUAGCUACACACUGAGUACACAUCGUAGAUUCGUCGUCAGUUCAUGCAAACUGGUAAUUAUUGAAUCAAGUGGUACCCAACUGACAAAAUGCAUCCCUGUGAAAACUUCAAGUUCUGUGGCAGAACUUUUGAAAAACGGUUAAAGAUGCACAAUCAUUAUAAGAAUUGCAUGAUUGAACGUGUUUGUCCGAUAUGCCGCACUCGACCGAGGUUCAAGUCAGAGUCUGGCUUCCGUAACCAUGCACUAAUGCACAAGCGAAAUGUACAGCCAUUGAUUUUUGGUAUCGGUCGGCCUACCUCUACUGAGCCGAUUAAUGGAAUGGAAGUCGUUCCAAAGGAAAUCCCAAUUCCGAAAUCCAGCAACGUCCAGGAAACAACAACAGAAAACGACGAUGAUGUGGAAGUCAUUCCAGAGGAAAUCCCAAUUCCGGAAUCCAGCAAGGUCCAGGAAACAACAAAAAAAGAAAGCGACAACGAUGGACAUUUUUCCAGGGAUGAAGUAUUGGUGAGGAUUGAAAAAUUGAAUUCCACCUACAAUAAUUUCAUGGAGCAUUCAGCUGUUAUUGCCAAAAACUUGCGGCUGAAGGAAGAAAGACAGGAAAAAAGACUCACUCAAUAAAAAAAUUCAUUAGAGAAGAUAAGAGCACUGAGAAAUGCGCAGAAGAACAAAAUUGGGCAAUUUUUGAGGAAGAGGCGCGAGAUGGAGUCCGCUACAGAACAGCCUUGUUGCGCGAAGAUCAAGUUCAUCCCGCACUCUUAGAAGCUUUCCUAA